AUGAAAGCACAACGAAAGAUAAAAAGUAUAACGGCUAGGGCGUCCCCCUCAAGCGACGGUCAGAAGCGAUCAUAUGCGAAAAAUGCUAAGGCGUCCCCUGCAAGCGACGAAAUAAGACGCUGCGCCAAAAAUAUGCGCAUAGCUACAUGGAACAUAGGUUCCCUGACCGGACGCAGCCAAGAAUUGGCAAAUACAUUACAUAGACGAAAUAUCAACAUCUGCUGUGUACAGGAACUUAAAUGGAAGGGGUCAAAGUCUAGGGAUAUUGGAAGAGGCUACCAACUACUAUAUAAUGGCACGUCAACAGCAAGAAACGGAAUUGGCAUCAUCCUCGACGCAAAUCUAAAACAAAGAAUAAUCAAAGUUGAAAGAAUAAGCGACAGAAUUAUGUAUAUUAAACUAGCUCUUGAUAACCAACCGGUUUUAAAUAUAGUUUCCGUAUACGCCCCUCAGAUUGGCUGCGACAAAAACGAAAAGGAUCUGUUUUGGGGAAACUUAGAAGAUCUUCUGCAAAUGAUACCCUUGGAGGAAAGAAAACUGGUGGCUGGAGAUUUUAAUGGUCAUGUUGGUCAGACAGCACCAAAAGACUCGGUCAUACACGGAAACUUUGGUUAUGGCACUAGCAACAGUCAGGGCAUCGACAUAAUGAAUGUGGCUACUCAGUUCGAUCUUCCGAUCGCCAACACAUAUUUCCAGAAAAAGGACGAACAUAUCAUUACUUACAAAAGUGGUGGCUCGGCCUCACAAAUAGAUUACUUUUUAUGCGACAGAUCUAUUCUGCGCUACUUCAGGGACUGCAAAGUCAUACCAGGAGAGCCACUGACCACCCAACACAGACUUCUUGUCGCCUGCCUGCAAAUACCAAACUGGAACCAAAAGCAGAAACAUCUGAAAUCCGAACCCAGCAUUAAAUGGCAGAAUAUGCAGAAACCAGAAGCCCAAAGAUUUACCAGCCAGGUUGGCACAUACUUAGAGGAUACACUUAAAGACCAUAAAGACAGCAACACCCUCUGGAACGAUUUUCAUAAGUUUUGUCUAAAUACCGCUAGAGCAAUCUUAGGUGUUAGCAAAGGCAAACUGAGAACUGAUAAAGACCCUACAUGGUGGGAUGACAAUGUUAAAUCGCAUCUAAAAGAAAAGAAGGAAUCCUUUGAGAAAUGGCAACAAACUAGGCUAGAAAGUGACCAUCAAGAAUACAGGGUUAUAAAGAACAAAGCUAAGAAAUGUGUUGCAGUCACAAGAGCUUUAGCCAACGAUGAAUAUUACAAACAACUGGAAAACGCAAAAACAGAUGCGGAGAUAUUUAAACUGGCAAAAUUCCGUAACAGUCAAACCAAAGAUAUCAAAAAGUCUAAAUACAUCAAGAACUCCUCUGGUAAAUUGUUGACCACAGACAAAGACAUAACUAAGAGGUGGCAAGAAUACUACCAAACACUUCUUAACGAGGAGUUUCCACGGGAAACUUUUGCGAUACUCCCAUGCCCUGAAGGACCCGUUGAAGCAAUAUCACUCCAGGAAGUCAAAACUGCUAUCCAGAAAAUGAAAAAUAGGAAAGCUACCGGACCAGACGAGAUUCCAGCGGAGCUGUGGAAAAGUAUGGGUGACAUCGGGAUAGCGUGGCUUACAAAGCUGUUCAACGAAAUCCUUAUAACAACCAAAGUACCAGAUAUGUGGAGAUCCAGCAAUCUGAUACCGUUCUAUAAAAACAAGGGAGACGUUGCAGACUGUGGAAACUAUAGAGGAAUCAAACUAACCUCUCACACCCUCAAGAUCUGGGAAUGUGUUCUCCUGGAACAAGCGAACCUUUCGAAAUCAGAGUGGGCGUUCAUCAGGGUUCAUCCCUGA